GCACACACCUCGGUAAACAACAGCCGCUUUCUACUCGCCGUGUGUAUUUCUGUUCGCUGUGUUGUCUCGGUGAUGGAUCGCAGCAGAUCACAUGAUGGAGUUGGAAGAGAGAAAACACACGAGAAGAAGAAGAAACGAAGGCGAUCAUCCUCUUCAUCGUCGUCUUCCUCAUCCAGCAGCAGGAGUCAAAAAUCAAAGAAAACAUCGCACAAAAGUCAAGAUGUGAAAACACAAAGAAAGAAGCGAAGAAGAAGCUCCUCUUCUUCAUCGUCGUCUUCUUCGUCAAGUGACGAAAAGACAAAGAAGAAGAAGAAAAGUAAAGCCAAGAAGAAGAAGAGUAAAGCCAAGAAAAAGAAAGCAUAGCUGAAGAAACUGAAGAAAAUGGAGAAAGAGAAGAAAGAGAAGCUGAUGGAGAAGAAGAAAGCAGAGGUGGUGGUGUUGCUGCCCAGCCCUCCUGUGGAGAUGCCUCCAUCUUACCUGUGGCAGAGAGACGAGGAGGCCGUGGAGCUCGGACCUGUGAUGACCGAUGAGCAGAAGGCCCGACUCUCCACCAAGAGGCCCAUCACCAAAGAGGAGUACGAGGCCAGGCAGAGUGUGAUCCGCAGGGUGGUGGACCCAGAAACCGGACUCACCAGAUUGGUGAGAGGAGAAGGAGAGAUCAUCGAGGAGAUGGUCAGCCGAGAAAAACACAAAGAAAGCAGCAAGAAAUCCACGAAGGGAGACCGGAAGGACUUCAAGAAGAAACUGGGAGUGAACCGGUAGAACAUGCUGGGAUCUACUUUAGGAGCCUCAAUAAGCUGAAUGGUCUCUUCCUCAGUCUUUGUAAAGUCUUACACCGUCUCCCUGGUCUCAUUUGGGGCUGAGGAUGCCCGGAUCCAGCUUGGUGCUGC